GCAAGGUUCUGAACAGUGACAAAAGGAAGAAUCACAACACACAUCCACAGUUGCUAUUAGUAUUCAAUGCAAAUGAGAAGUUGAAUAUGGGAGAUAGAAUUACGCAAUAAUAGCAAGUCUAUAUUUCAGACAAUAUGCGAAAACAGAGUGCAGAAAUUUUCGGCGUUUCAAAAUAUUUUAUCUUCCUACAGGAUUUACAUGUUAAGUAUGUCGUGUGAUAUAGCGUUGUUCCAUAUGAAGAGAGAACCAACUGUGUACAGUUGUAUUCUUUCAUUUUCUCGAAAAGCUGAGCAGCCUUCCGCUGAAAAUUAUUUCAAUAUGUGGGCGAGUGCAUGUAGUGAUCAUCUGAUACAAUUGCAUGGUCAUAACAAUCAGAAAUACUGUAGAAAUUUGGCAUUUCAGUGGAUGAAAACUUUGGUAGACCCUCGUUAUGAAAAGGUGAAAUGUAUAAUUUAACAGGUGGUUUUAAUCAGGAUGCAUACAGAAAAACAAAGAGAAUUUAAUGUUACCUAGGUGUUCUGGAGGAGAAGUGAGUCAAAAACAGUCAAACGAAUGAAGUAAUCCAACAUAAUUAACUGAAAACAAUAGGAUCCGCAUUGAACGAUGCAUAUAUUUG